UUUUCUGCGUCAGUUCCGUUAUGACAGCGGCAGUAUGUGCGUCAUAUCCGCUUCGACUGCUGGUAGCUAACAAACUCAGCUGUAGUUUGAGAAGGAGCACGAGAUCGCCCAAAUCAAGCCGAUUAAAACUUGAUGAGACACGUGACGAUUAUAGUCAUCCUAUUGGCUAGUUAAGGUUUAAAUACGUUCGUAAAUUGUGGUUUGAAGACUUUUUCCUUCAAGUUCCUUAUCAGCUUAUAUAUUGUCUUCGAAAGAAAAAAUCAAUAUUAUAAUAACGACACAUGGAGAUCAAAUUCCACGUGUCUUCAAGCAAGUAAUCAGAAAAUAUUGACAGUUGUGUGCCCAGUAGUGAAAUUUCAGAAUCGCUCAUUUCAGUGAGAAAUGAACGACACUGUGAAAACCAAAUACUUACAUCAUCGUCGGAAUUCUGCUACUUACCUCGAGCCUCAGCUAAGCAGGGUAGUUUGGGAUAUCUCUCCUUCCCUCGAAGAGCCCCCUAACAGAUUUAUUAGGAGAAAAUCAGUGUUUGCCGAGCAUUAUGAUCCAGCAGAAGAUGAAGAUGAUGACAGUUUAAAGGCUGUAUAUCCAAAGACAGACGAACAGCGACAGAGACUGGGAGAAGCUGUCGAAAACAUCCUUUUAUUCCGAUCGUUAGAUGAGCAACAAAUGCAACAAGUCCUGGAUGCCAUAUUUGAAAAAAAGGUGGAGCCUGGUCAAGUUGUGAUAAAGCAAGGUGAUGACGGUGAUUAUUUCUACGUCGUACAAAACGGCGUGUAUAAUAUAUAUGUGAGCACCGAGGAGGAAAAGAACAAGUUAGUGGGAACGUAUGAGAACAGUGGGAGUUUCGGUGAACUUGCACUCAUGUUAAAUAACAUGCCAAGAGCUGCUACCAUAGAAGCUGCUACAGAAGGAUCUCUCUGGGUUAUGAGUCGGCAAAUCUUUAGAAAGAUAGUCCUGAAGAGUGCCUUCAAAAAGAGAAAGGAAUACGAGACACUCUUGGAGAAGGUGCCGAUGUUGCAGUCUUUAGAG